AGAAUCAAGAUACUUUUAUAAGUAGAAUAGUAUCCUUAACAGUUGGUGAAGUUUGUUGAUGUAUUUGUAAGACUGAAACUAACUCAAAAUCAUCUAAACUUAACUAUGUCUAACUCCUUUACCAUCGAUUAUGAAAAGCUUCUGUCAACUUCUAUUCCAAUCUACGGGGGUGGAUUAUAUACAGUCCUAAGUACAUAUAUGUGCUGUUCCCUUUUUGUUUUUUGCCACCCAAUUCUGGCGAUAAAAACCAAAAAGCUUUUAAUCCAGAUGUAUGGAUGUUGAGACAAACUUACUUUAGCGGUAUGGAUGUACCAAUAAUUUGACCAUUAGUACACGACAGUUUCCCCAACCAAAAUACUUUGUAUAAACUGAAAAAGGGAUUUGAUUGAAAUAUAUAUAUAUGGUGAUAUUUUUAUGAAUUCAUUUAAUUUUAAUUGGAUAAGGUAACAAAAUCGAAUCAAUUAACAAUGGCUACUACAUCAAUUGCUCAUGAUGCAGCCUGUAUCUUUUGUAAAAUCAUCAAGGGAGAAAUUCCAUCGUUUAAAAUCAUUGAAACUCCAUUAACUUAUUCAUUCUUAGAUAUUCAACCUAUUAGUCAAGGUCAUAUUUUAAUUAUUCCAAAAUAUCAUGGAGCUAGAUUACAUAAUAUUCCCGAUGAAUAUUUAGCUGAUAUUUUACCCGUAGUUAAGAAAUUAACUAAAGUAUUAGAUUUAGAUCAAUAUGAUAAAUUAUCUGAUAUUGGAUAUAAUGUGCUUCAAAAUAAUGGAUCAAUUGCUCAUCAAGUGGUUGAACAUGUUCAUUUCCAUUUGAUUCCAAAGAAAGAUGAAGAAACGGGAUUGAUUGUAGGAUGGCCUGCUGAAGCUACUGAUUUUGAUAAAUUAGGUAAAUAUCAUAAACAAUUACAAGAUCAAAUCCAAUCUUUAAAAGAUUCUGGUAAAUUAUAAUGAAUGGGGCUAGAAGUGUUUGUAUUCAAUGGGAGAUGUGAGAGAGAGAGGAGUUUUGUAAGGGUUAAUGAUUUUUUAAAAAAAAUAUAAUAAUAAGAUUAAAAUU